AUGAAAAAUGGUAAGAAUUGCUGGAUAGCCAAGGGUCCAGCUCAAGAGGCCUUUCAACAGAUCUCGAGCGAAAUCAAAGAGGUGCUUGAGAAGGACUGCGGUCCUGUCCCAGGUUCUCAUUGGGUUCUUUUUGAUAUUUUCAUGAUUGGAGACGCACCUGCAACUGCAAUACCUCACAUCAUGUUCUCAUGUCCGAAACCUGGGCCACGGAAAGAAGCUCGCACUGCUGUUCGUAACUCAGAUGUUUUGAGUCACUGUACUCCAGGGAUAGCACUGGGUCACUGGGACUAUCCUCCUCAUAUAAAAAGUCCACAACCCCUAGCAUCUUCUUUGACGCCCGUCGAGUCCCACGAAACCAAAGACGUGAAUCAAUGUUAUCUGACACCGAUUUUCGAUAAACACCAGCCACGGAAAGUUCCGGCGAUUCGAUUAGGCCUGCAUUCUUCCUUUGAUGAAGCCAAACCUUUCGCCAAGGCAACAGUUGGAAGUAUUGUCGAGGUUGAUGAGAAACGCUUCUACUUGGUACCUGCACAUGUUUUCUCGAAAAGAAUUCCCCCGCAAGAUGUGACCGCGGAUGGCAAGAUGCAAGAGAGUGAUAGUGAAUGCGAAUUUGGUGGCUUUGAUGAUGGAGAUGAAGAUUUUGCCGACGACGGUGAAGUCACGUUCAUGAGUCAGUACAGUAUCACACCUGAGGUUAGCGACCUUGAAGUCAGGUCAGAUCCGGGUGGCAGUCAGUCCUCUUCUGAUGAAGUGCGCGAAGAUACUCAACUUAAUCAGCAUCAAGAAGAGAUCAAUCAUGACGCUAGGUCUAGUCCUUUGCUAGGCAGGUUGCCUCCUAAGCCAGUCAAACCUGAGCGAGUGGACGUUUCCGGAAAAGAUCAUACUAUUCGUCUUGAGAUCAAGUCACCAUUCUUCACAUCAACGGAGCUCGAUUUCGCAUUAAUCGAGGUCAGCAAAAUCGACUACCUUACCGCAUCCCUCCCAUUUCUGAGGAAUGAUACUAUCGCAAGUGUCAAUAUGCUUGCGGAUGUCAUCGUUACAACAAUGACAGGUUCAGGCAAGACCUUGACUGGGAAGCUCUCUGGCAGACCAUCAUUUAUUCGCCUCCCCAACGCUAGUAAAUACCAAAAAAUUCUCACAGUCGACUUUGAAGGCUGUCUUCAAAUCGGUGAUUGUGGCUCAAUCGUUCGAAAUGCCUCGGACGGCAAAAUCUAUGGGCACAUAAUUGCAGGAAGCGUCGAGUCAAGAAUUGCAUAUAUCAUUCCCGCAGUGGACGUCCUUCAUACGAUAGAACAAAGAUUUAAUCUAAAAUCCGGCAGCGAUGUGCCUUCUUCUGCAUCUUUACCAGCUUCCAUCCAGGACGUGAAUCGCAGAUACACUGUUGGUUGGAUCUGCUCUUCGUCUACGGAGUUCCGAGAUGCGUGGAUAAUGCUCGAUGAACGACAUCUUACUCUUCCUCGGUUUGCUGGAAGCUCCGUCUCAUAUAUUCUGGGAAAGAUAGGCCAACACAAUGUUGUAAUUGCAUGCCCUUCGGAAAGAUCUAACGCCGCGGCUUGGGUCGCUUCUCAGAUCCUCCUCGAUUUCCCCCAUAUUCGUUUCUGUCUCGCGGUUAGUGUAAGCAGCGGCAUUUCUACCCUACCUCUCGGAAAUAUUCAACUCGGGGACAUUGUGGUAGGCAUGCCUGGUGGCUCUCGCCCUGGAGUCGUACAGUAUAAAACUUUCAAUGAUCAAGAUGUCAUCAGAGUAAAGGGAAAGGUCAAUUUAGCUGCACCACCAAAACCUCUUCGAGCAGCAGUCACACGCCUGAAGAACGCGCAUAAGAUGGGCAAAGACCACUUCUUGACCUCCCGCUCGCGACCAGUCCCAAAUAAUCUCCAGUCUUUGCCUUCAUCUUCUGAACCAAUCUCAGAACAUUUCAACGCGAGAGUAUAUAACCAAACCGCGCAACCCCUUGAAGCAAAUUUCCGUCAUCAGUGUUUGACAGAGCACUGCAAGCAUGUACCAAAAGUGCAUCAUGGGCUUAUUGCGUUGAUAACUGAGCUCUUAAAUGAGGAGGACUUACGGCGACUCGUCCACAACGAUUCAGACGAGUUCCUAUGCCUCGAGAAGGAAGUCGAGAGAUUUCCAAAUAGGUUUCCGUGCCUCUUUGUCCGGGGCAUUUGUGACCUUGUUGACUCUCCCUUGCCCACGAAAGAAAAAGCAGAAGCACGAGUAUAUGCAGCUACUACAGCAGCAACUUAUGCUAGGGAUCUUCUACUGACACUCCCUGAACACAAAGUCCUUAAAAUGCCCUUGGCGAGCAAGGUGAUCAAUGACUGGCAACGUGGUGUUUGGCCAAUGAUUCAACAAGCACAAGUUCGCUCACAACCUCUCCCACGACUUCGCGCGCCAAUUCAUGCCUUUGUCGAGAUGACCCAACCUGUUCUUCGGAGAAUAUCGCCUCCUCUAACAGAUUCUUCUGAUCAUCAGAUCAUCCAACCUGUUAUUCACGAACUGUCGCCUCCCGAGACGAUUCUCACUGAUUUCGAGACCGACCUGAACGUUCAUAGCAUUAUUCUAGAAGAUUCCGACAGCCACCUAUCUGAUGCGCUGGAUCCUGCGCCGCUGGAUACUGUAGCAUCAAGAAAUUGGGACGGGGACGCAAAUGAUGGCAAGCCCGUCCCAAAUUUGAGAAGGCGUCUGAGGCGUUUAAGAAAUAAUGCUGGAAAGAACCCUAACUAA